AUGAAAAAAUGCGAUUACUACUGUACAUUAUUUCUCAUCUUCUUCGAUUAUGUUAUUUCACAAAAUCCCAGCGCUGGAAAUGAACUGGAUUUCGACGAUCAAAAAGUUGUAACACUGGGACCGCCACGCGAUGGUUUCCAGAGAGCAGUUUUUGAUGAAGUGUCAAUGAACGAAAUUAAUCGACAACCUGUGGAAGAUAUUACUCAAAUGAGAAAUGAUAUUGAAGCGUAUGAUGAUAAAUUUGUGGAUCCAGGAGAAGGCAAGUUCCCCUGCUGUUUGUUAUCAUCAAUUAAAUUCCUUUGA